AAAGAGCUGCUCGCAGCCGCACUGUGAAUAUCUGUAUAUGCUCAUAGACAGGACUGUGGAGUGUGCAAAGGAGGGAGAGAGAGAGAGAGAGAGAGAGAGAGAGAGAGAGAGAGAGAGAGAGAGAGCGAGGAGGAGAGGUGGAGGGAAUACAGUUUGGAUACAACUGGAAAACUACCAAGCGCGCACUGCACGUACCGAGCGGAAGGCACAUCGACGGUGCGUAGCCAACAUUACCUACCCCCCGUCCCCUGCGAUCAGAUUCAGGCGAGAAUGGAGCUCCCUGCCGCCGGAGAGCACGUCUUUGCGGUGGAGGGCAUUGAAAAGAAGCGCAUCCGCAAGGGCAAGAUCGAGUACCUGGUCAAGUGGCGAGGCUGGUCUCCCAAAUACAACACAUGGGAACCAGAGGAAAACAUCCUUGACCCGCGUCUCCUCGUCGCCUUUCAACACAGAGAGAGUCAGGAGCAGCUGAUGGGAUAUCGCAAACGGGGGCCAAAACCAAAACAUCUUUUACUCCAGGUACCCUCAUUUGCCAGAAGAUCCUGUAUCCCUGCAGGUUUUGAGGAAUCAUCUCAGGAUGCAGAGGUUAGCGUCAAGUCCGAUCCUGUCCCGGUCCAGCGUCCUCAGCCUCAACAGUACCAGCUCAACAGCAAGAAGCACCAUCAGUACCAGCCCAGCAGCCAGGAGGUCCCUGCUGACCAGCCAACCAAUGGCAAGAAGAAGUUCAUCUACCAGCUCAACAGUAAGAAGCACCACCACUAUGAGCCGGACCCGAACAUGUAUGACGCUCAGCCUUCCAGGCUCAAAGAGGUGGUCAAAGUUCAGGAACUGGCCAGUAAACCGGCAAAUCCUGGCUGGAACUUACCGCUGGCCCUGCAGCAGAAAUGGGUUCGAGACAAAGACACAGGCUGCUUGAGCAAAGUCAAAGAAUUGGCAGUGGAGGUGAGGAAACCAGCUGUUAAAGACACUAAAAGUGAACAAGCCCUUAAACCCAAUCCUAAGCAGGCAACCUUGCCUAGCGCUAUUAGCAGCAAAAUGAAGAUAAUCAAGAACAAAAACAAGAAUGGACGUAUUGUUAUUGUCAUGAGCAAAUAUAUGGACGGCAACAAGGUUCAUGGAGCAAAGGGUAAACACGGGGAAUCAUCGAGCGAAGUGAAACACCAAAACACCAAACCUCUAGAGAACAAUCCAGCACACACAACCAAAAUGAUGGAGCACCCGGAGAACGGUAUCCCCAAAGAGCUCUGUAACGGCAGCUCCCUCCCUGCCGCAGAGCAUCCUUUAAAGUGUUCCCCAAAGGACAGACAUUUCUCCAAACCCUCGCCAAGCACAGCAGAGGAAUACAACACCGAAGUGGCUCGCGGUCAGGCCGAUUUACCGGAUGAUCUACCCCUUCAGUUGACCGCUAGCUCGCCCCUGACAUCCUGGGCUGUUGACACCAACAUCGCGACCCCUACAUCCGUCGACCAGAUCAGGAUCCCUUCUUUCCCCAACGACCGCAAGCGAAAGCUAUCAGAUCAUGUUGAGGAUAGGAGUGUCUCCAAAACCUACCUGACUUCAAGAAGCUUCAGUGUCCCCAGCACUGUAGUCAUGCCAACUCAGGACAAACCUAUGGACCUCCACUGUAGCGGCCCACGCCACAGCAGCACAUGUACAUAUGAGGUUGUGGACUCUGGCAGCCAAGAGGAGCCGAUGGACCUGAGCUGCCCAAAGACUAAGAAGCAGGUGGAGCUGGAAAUACAGCCGGAGCCUGAGCUUGUUGUCACAAACGCACCUCCUGUGACAGAAGACACACAGAAAUCCACAGAGAAAUCUAAAGAAGCACCUGUUGAAAAAACCUCCCCUUUUAUGGGAAAUAUCAUAAUCACUGACAUCACAACAAACAGUCUCACCGUCACCUUCAAGGAAUAUGUUUCUGGGGGGUCCGUGGACCGCUCUGACUUUGAUUGUCCCACUGUGCCAGACAUUCCUGUACAGCAGCCAGAGCAGCGGGACUCCGCCCCUUCACUCAGAAACCCGGAGCACGUAGCAACAACCGAGUCAAUGUGCUCCACCACGAUCCGUCCUACCGACUGCGGUGCCUGGCAACAGAAAAAAGACGUGAUGACGUCCUCUCCAGAUUGCAUCAUGGAGCUCUCGGCUGUUGGUGAGAGCGUCUUCGCAGCCGAGUCUAUCAUUAAACGGCGGAUCAGACGGGGUCGCUGGGAAUAUCUCGUGAAAUGGAAGGGCUGGUCUCAGAAGUACAGCACUUGGGAGCCGGAGGAAAACAUUCUGGAUGCACGUCUCUUCGCUGCCUUCGAGGAGAGGGAGCGCGAAAGGGAGCUGUUCGGGCCGAAGAAGAGGGGUCCCAAACCUGAGACAUUUCUCUUGAAGGCCAAAGCUAAAGAAAAGGCGUAUGAAUUUAGAAGAGAGGCUCCCAGGGGGAUCCAGGUUUCCUAUCCCAUCCCGGAGCCUGUCAUAACACCGAGGGCCCGGGAGGGUUUACGCGCCGUGGUUCCCACAAUCUUCCCACCGAGCGCGGUCAACAGAGGGGAAAGUGUCCACAUCCGACCACCAGAGCCAGAGAGGAGGCCCAGACCGACUCCAACAGCUUCUCUGACAGCCCAAGAAGCCGUCCGGUUCCCCAAAAAGAGAGGGCGCAAACCCAAGCUGCAGUUACAUUAUGAGAAAGAUCAUGAAGGCAGCUCAGCAGAGCCGGACACCAAACGGAGCAGGUCACUGGAGGAGCCGGUGUCACACGGUUUGUCCAACAUGUCCCGACGCUUGUUUCAUCACGGAGAGACAUCAGAUCACAGCCUCAUCCAGCUGACUAGGAGGUUUCAGGAGAAGACCACGAUAACACCCAAACACAGCCGCGAGCAGAGACACGCAGGGUUGUCUUACAGCUGCGCAUUCAGUCCAGAUGUGCUGAAAAGUGAUCAGGGGGGAGACAGGACUCAGUGUUUGAGCAGGAUGUCUAUUCCUCGGCCCAGCAGCUCUGCAGAACACCACAGACAUCAGGUGAAAGAGUGCUGUCUGCCCCGGGAACAACCGGCUGUCAUCUCCACACAGUCCGAGUCCAUCCAUGAUCAGUCCACGCGACCAGCCUCGUCCUGGACCCCCAGUUACACCAACCUGGACACUGUGACCGUGACAGAUGUCACCAUGAACUUUUUGACAGUAACCGUGAGAGAGAGCAGAACGGAGAAAGGCUUUUUCAGAGAGAAAAGAUGAGUAUGCUUCGGAUAUAGGUCAGAAGAGGCUAAUAUGCGUAAAUAAUUGUUUAAGAAGCUAACUAACAAGCCUACUGUAAUACUAUAUUUUUUUCUAUACUUUCAAACGUGUGCAUACAGAUAUUUAAUAUGCUGAAAAUAAAAAAAAUGAAAGUGA